AUGGAUGGGUUGUUGCAGCCUAAACACUUGAUACUAGCUGUGAAGGGUUUGCAUUGGCGAGGCUCUCUGGAGAUUCAUAAGCUUCUUAAAGAUAAUGAAGAUUUCUGCAUUUGUUAUAACUCUGGAGAAGAAGGGGAACCACCAAAAAAGGUUAAUGUUGAGAAAAUGGUGGCAAUGUUGCCUCUGCACCUCAUAACAGGGCUUAUGACUCCUGAUAGAGAUGACAAGUUUCAAUAUGUAUUGUGUGGGAUCAGGAUGUUGCACACUUUCUGUGACUUAACAUCUCGUCACCCUAAACUCGAGCAGGUCUUGUUUGAUGAUGUGAAACUAUCAGGACAGAUGAUUGAACUGGUGAUGUUUGUGAUGAUAGUUCUUGGCGGUAAUCGAAAGGGAAGCUGGAAAACAGAUAACGACUCAUUGAUAGAAGCUACAUUGGUGGCUUCUUCUCUUUACCUGCUGCACGGGUUCAUCUCUCCUAACUACCAAGAUCUUGUCCAAGUCUUGCUUAUCCACCCUAAGGCUGAUGUAUUCAUAGACGCUGCUUUUGGAGCGGUUCACAAUGCUGUGAGAUCUUUAAGAGCGAAGUUGCUGUAUCGGCGAACUGACCAACCGAACAAGUUAGGUGCGAGUUCUGUAGGAGCGGUUAAUAUCCACUGCCAACAAGCUGAAGCUGCUUUGCAGUUCCUUCACUGUCUAUGCCAACACAAACCGUUUAGAGAGCGUGUCGCUAAAAACAAGGAGCUAUGUGGAGUUGGUGGUGUUCUUAUGCUAGCCCAAACCAUACUGUCACUAACUGUUACACCUGAAUUUGUUGGAGCAGCUGUAACAAUAGCUUCCAUCUCCAGAAUGAAAGCAAAAGUCCUUUCAAUUUUGCAUCAUUUGUUUGAGGCGGAAAGUGUCUCAUUCCUUGAUGAGGUUGCAAGCGCAGGAAAUCUGGAUUUAGCCAAAACUAUUGCCUCAGAGGUUCUUGAAUUGUUGAGGCUUGGCAUUUCUAAAGCUUCCAAGGCUAGUGCACCACCUGCCUAUCCAAUGGGUUUUGUGCUACUCAACGCUAUGCGCUUGGCUGACGUGCUCACGGAUGACUCAAAUUUUCGACCUUUUUUCACCCAACAUUUUGUAAGUAUUGAAUACACUUCUGACUCUGCAAAAGCCGCUUGCACUAUGGUUCUCAGCGCACUAUUUUGUCUCUCCCAUAGAGAGUUCUUGUCAGUGUUGUGCUCUUCUGAUCUUUCUUCGAGGGAGGAUGAUGCGACACUGGAUUACGAUCUGUUUACGUCAACUGGAUGGGUUUUAAGUGUGUUUUCAUCUCAAGUGGUCGAGCCUCAAUUCAAGCUUAAUUUUCAAAACAACCUCAGCGUGUCUUCGUACGCGCAUCAAAGAACAUCCUUACUGAUUAAAAUCAUUGCGAAUCUUCACUGCUUCGUUCCCGACCUCUGCCAAGAAGAGGAGAGGAACCGCUUCGUUCAUAAUUUUGUGAGUGGAUUGCGAAAGGAUCCUUCAAGCGUAUUGGGUAAUCUAUUACCAGGCCCUUCAUAUAUUCCGGUGGCACAGAGAGGCACUGGCGUUUGCAAAAACUUAGUUUCUCUGUUGCGUCAUGCAGACUCCUUGAUCCCUAAUGUCCUUAGUGACGAAGAUUUAACGCUUUUCAGGGUGUUCUGCGAGCAGUUGAAAGCCCUGAUCCAUACUGAGUUUGAGGAAAGUCAGGCUGAGGAUAUUGAAGGUGCGGGAGGGAGUCCAUCUGGUAAUCAGCAGAGAACAGAGCCUCUGAAUCUUAACAACAAUGAGGAAGCUUCAGAGAAUUCUGAUGUCCGAGUGGAAGGCGCGGCGACAAAGCAAGGUGCGAACGAGGAGACGGAAGUAGCUGAGCGGUUGAAAGAGAGCGACGCAGAUGCGAACAAUCCUGAAACCAGUGGUUCAGACACAAGCUCUAACAGAGGGAAGAGUCUGGUUGGUCCGCUUGAGGUUAAGGAGUCGGUGCAGUCUUUGAGCAAUCGGUUUGAAGAGAGUACAUCGUUAGAGGUGAAGGAGGAUGAGAGAGCUGAAGCUGAAGCCUCUCUUGUCUUGGAGAAAGAGAGGAAGAAGCGGAAGCGUAGUAUUUUGAAUGAGGAACAAGUGGUGAUGAUCGAGAACGCGAUUGCUGAUGAACCUUAUUUCCAGCGAAAUCCAGUUUGGAUACGGAGAUGGGCCGAUAAUUUGAGUCAAAUUGGCUCCGAGGUUAUUACAUCUUCGCAGCUGAAAAACUGGGUGAAUAACCGAAAAGCGAAACUAGCUCGCGCAGUCAAGCAAGGGCCAGUUCGUGAUAACAACAGCUCAGGGGAUUUAGCGGAGAGUCCUGGAGAUGAGAACACUUGGCAGCAGAAAACAUCAACACCAACUCAAGAUCAGGGUACAUCGGGAAACCCGAAAGCAGGAGAGAACCCGAUGAGAUCAUCGUCAUCGUCAGAAGAAGGGCUGAAGCGAGGGCAACACGUGGUGCUUAUGGACGAGAGAGGAGAUGGGAUCGGGAAAGCAAUGGUGUUGCAAACAGAGGGUGAGUGGCACGGUAUUAGCCUUGAGACAAGACAGGUUUGUGUACUCAAUGUAACGGAGCUUAGUGCGGCAAUUGAUUGGACCAAAAUGAUCAUCCCUUAUGGAUCUAAUGAUGUUGGGAAGACUUUUAAGGAAGCUAAUUCGAGGUUUGGAGCUGUGAGAGUGGCUUGGGAUGUGAGCAAGGUUCGGUAUUUGAAUCAGACUCAGUUGCAUUGA